AUGAUGGCUUCCUCCCCUCAAGCCUCAAACAACUCAAUCACAAGAAGGUUCAAACAGGUUGAUGUUUUCACAAAGACUCCCCUCUUGGGUAAUCCUCUGGCUGUCAUACUGGACUCCGAUGGGUUGACGGACGCACAGAUGCAGGGCAUCGCACGCUGGACAAACUUGUCAGAGACGACGUUUGUCCUGCCGCCAACUGAACCAUCAGCUGACUACCGCGUGCGGAUCUUUACCACGGACAGAGAGUUGCCAUUCGCCGGCCACCCCACGCUCGGCACCGCACACGCAUUGCUCGAGAAUGGCCUGGCAACAAAGCAACCAAACAAGAUUGUACAGCAGUGUGGCGCCGGCCUGGUGGAGAUCGCCAUCGCCGGCGAGACGGUUGACUCUCGCACACUAUCAUUUCGCUCUCCCGCCUGUCAUCCUGCCGCGCUGGAGGACCCCGCUCAGAUCAAGCUGCUCACAGACGCGCUGGUGGGCGUCGAGGUGGACAACACCGUCGCGCCAAUGUCAGCAUUGAUAGGACUGAACUGGUUGGUUGUGCGACUGCGUAGUGUCGAGGAUGUGCUCGCCUUUAGACCCAUUCCCGCUCUGAUCAAAGAAGUCGUUGAGCGCUUGAAUGUUGGCGGCAUCGCGAUAUAUAGCGCGUUCGAUGCCAAUCAGCUGAUGGCCUUUGGUGUAAACUACGAGCUCAGAACAUUCUUUAUCGAGCAGGACAAUCUCAUCGAGGAUCCAGUGACAGGUAGUGCCAACGCAUGUUUGGCGCGCGUUCUACAGGAGCAAGGCUUCCCAGAUCAUGGCACCACUGCCAAGCAAUACAUGGCAAGACAAGGAACUCUACGCAAUCGUGAGGGACGUAUCCUAGUUACCUAUUUCGAUGGCGAGCCAUGGAUUGGCGGUCAGUCCGUCACCCUAAUCAAUGGAACAAUCAAGAUCUAA